AUGGGUCAGACACUUAGUGACCCUGUCCCUCUGGUCUCCCCUAGGGAGCAACCAAAGGAGACCCAUAAACAUAAAAAUAAACCCAAGGAGAAGAGCAUCCCUCCAGCCCUGACCUUUCUUCAGCUGUUUACACUGCUGAGCUGCGUCAGGAUGAAGAAGACACCAUUUGAUCCCUCCCAGAGCGGUGAGGGGAGAAAGGCAACAACGAUACACGAUAUGAACAACAAUAAUGACUCUGAUACUGGUGAGUGUGAGGAGGUGUCUAUUGACUAGUGCUGCUACAUAGUACAAUUAUUUAGGCUUCACUUGGAGGAAAUGUUUCACUUACAGGCUCUGACUAUUCUGCAGGUGAUGUGAAAAGGAUCAAGGACAAGAGUAAAGGAAAGGUUCGGAAAGAGAAAGUUUGGAUUGAAGUUCAGAAAUCUCAGGACCACAAACGCAGAACGACACCGGAAACAGAAAAAGACAUUAAACAAAGAUCUAACUCGGUAAGACAUCCAAACCUGCUUAUCAAUGAGGAUUUGCCAAUGCAUUUGAUAAUUGAUAAUGACCACAAUAAGGAAAACACAGUAUAUUGUGUUGAAUUUGAUACUUUGACACUGCUUGACAAAUGUGAUAAUGUCACAAUGCCCCUUCGGAUGGGGUAGGCCCUACUAGUUAAAAAGUCUUAACGGAAUCCAUGGAACAUCCCAACUCUGACCUUACCCCCAUUGAAGUUGAAAUUGAAAUGGUUAAGGUAAGGGUUAAGGUUAGAGUUAGGGUAAGGGUAGAGGUAAGGUUAGGGUUUAGGGUAGGGAUGUCUCAAGGAUCUCGGAUAGCACUAACCCUAGUUAUUAUUGGGUAACAUUCUGCCAUGGAAACACACUAGAGCUCAUUGGCUAUUGAUAUUGUAGUUUGAAAUAUCAGUAGAUUUCUAACUGAUGUACUGAUUGUGACCCUGAGGUCUCCCCUGUGGAGAAAGCAAAGGAGACCCAGCAGAAAGAGAAGAAGCAGAGCAUCUAUCCAGCUGUGGCGGCCCUGCAGCUGUUCACUCUCUUCUGCUGUGGAGGGAAAGUCAAGCUGAAGAAAACUCGUCCCUCUCAGCACAGACAGAGUAAAAAGGACCAGGACGAAGAUAAUGCAUCUGAUACUGGUGAGUGUUAUGGGUUGUCUGUUGAUUAGAUAUAGAAUGAUAUUGCUCCACUUGGAAAGAUGUGUCUUCAAAAUCAAAAUGUCUAAUCUAAACAGGCUCAGACUGGUCUGGAGGAGAUGUUACAACCAAAAAGGUCAAGGACAAGAGUAAUGGAAAGGUAGGGAGGGAGAAAGACUGGACUGAAGUCCAGCUAUUGAAAUCAUCUCAAGACCACGAACCCAGAAGUACAACACCAGAAACAGACAAGGGAACUAAUUUGGGACAAAGACCGAACUCUGUGAGACAAGCAAACAUGCUGUAUCAUAUUUUAUUGUGAGCAAAAGAUCUUUCCCAUAAUGUUUGAUCAUUGGGUAUUGCAAUUGUCUUAUGCAGGCAAAUCAAAGGACACCCCGGCAAGUGAAGACCCAUGUGGAGAAAAUUUACAUAAGUCCUGACUCUCCGACUCAACCACGUGCCCACGUAAGUUACUGAAACCUGACUUACUAUACGGACAGACAGAGAUUCACACAUCCAGGCAGUUUCCCCUCUGACCUCAACCUAACCCCCCUUUUCCUCCGGGUAGAGCUCCCUCUCCCAGUUCUCCCUGGCUAGGAACCUGGCCAUCCUCCCGCUGGAGUGGCAGCUACCUGGAGUCCCUCUGACCACCUCGUCUAUGGCAACUAGGACAGAGAGAAAGCCAUCCACUACCAACACUUCGACACAGGCGCAGACAGAAACACAGACAACAGAUAUGAACACAGACACACAGACCACUGCCACCUCUCAGAGACAGAUCUCCAUGGUGACCACCCAGUCAUCAGAGACCAUGACAGAGGUUCACACAUCAGACUCAAGCACCCAGAACUCCACUCCUGACAUGGCACUGACCCCUGAGAGCACUAAGGACAUGAUCGCUAGUGAUGAGGAUGUGAAGGAUGACUCUGCUGAAGAUUUGAUCUCCACCCUAACAGACACCUCUAUGGAGAAAUCCGUCAGUGAGACCAGCCUGAAAGCCCUCAUUGCUGAGGAUGAGGAAGAUAACAUUGAGAUGAAGGAUAUGGCUGCCUCCGCUAGCCCUGCAACUGAUAAUGCCAAUGAGGAUGCAAAGCUACUGGAGCUUGCAGCACUUUAUGACUACAUGUUGACAGUGGAGACCGAGCUGUAG